GUGUCCAACAGAGAAAGGUUACAAAUUCUCCAGCGACCACCGUCUGUGUUACAGACUUGGGCUGGAUAGAAAGAAUCAUGAUGACGCGAUGGCUGCUUGCCAAAACGAUGGCGGAUUCCUAAUUCGAAUCGACUCGCAGAAAAAAAACGACUACGUCGCUCAGCUGUACCAAGAAAAUGUAAUGUCAACGUCCUCGGAGCUGUGGAUAGACGGUGACAACAGUGACAAUGAGGAUGAAUGGAGGUUUACAGAUGGGACGUUGAUGACUUACACACAUUGGGCAUCCGGCCAGCCUAACUACGAUGGAAACUGUCUGCGAAUUCGACUUCAUGAUCAGAAAGUGGAAUGGUGGGACGGAAACUGUGAUCGAAUACAUAAGUACAUUUGUGAAACACCCACCGCAUAGACGAUAUCCGCAUACUGUUAACAUGGGAGUCUCUGUAAUUAAAGGAAUCCUCAACAUAGAAGCACAUUAAUAUACAUUGUUGUAUUAAAAAUAGACACCUGGCUUUAUAAAACUUUUAGAGUCUAGACUCAAGACUCUCAUAGAGUCCGAGACAGUAACGUAAUGACAUCAUUAAAGAUUGAGUCUGGACUCUAAAACGUUUUAUAAGUAAUGGUCCCAGGA